ACCUUGGCGGUCUACCAGACCCCAACCAAGUGCUUCAUUUCCGCCUGUACCAAUAUCUGAAGACGAUAGUUCAUACCCAUUGGUGUUGGCUAUUGGAGGCAGGUGCACAGGGUGACUAACACGAAGAAAACUACAUUCGAAAGUAAACCCAAGCUCUCUGAUUCGUCCUUCAAGGAAAUGUCCUAUACCUUCCUCGAACACAAUGAUCCGAACUUGAUAUCCUGCAUAGAUCAGCUUAAUCUUGCGGACAGCUUCCCAUCGUCGAAACGUUCUUGCCUGCAAUCUGCAAGGCGGUACGGUAUGAUCUUUCUAUCUUGCAAACGACCUUGUGAAAGCUGUCGUUCUAAACAACGACUACAUUCGCAUGCGCCUGAUGACGAGUUCAUCACCAAACAAGAGGCAGGACGGGGACUCGAAGCGCAGUUCCGUGUUCUUGGUGAAGGUUUGCCCGUCGUUCUGCCGUAUAUCGACCCGAGCGUAAUAUUGGACGCUAAGUUUGCGCCUCUGAAGACUCUUUUGAUGGCGUACUAUCCACCCUGCACAUCUUUCUUGGAUCCGUUUCGAUCUGUCAUUGAGAACAGAAGUAUGGCUCUUGCAAUCAUUAUUGAAUAGACUUGCUCACGUCAUGUUGCGGGUCCAGGGAGCCAUAUCGUCCGAUUCCCAGCUGGUCAGUCAAAUG